GCCCGCGCCCGGGAUGAACCAGGACAAGUUCAGCUCCAAGAAGCCUAUACUUCUGUCGAAGCUCGAAGGUUGCAAUGACGACGUCAAUGCCGCCGUUAUCAUUCCCAGGGUUGACGGCGUCAUCAGCGUCUGCGACGACAGAACUGUCAGAGUUUGGUUGAAACGUGACUCAGGACAAUACUGGCCAAGCGUAUGCAUGUACAUGGUUGCAGCACCAAUCUCUCUUGAUUUUUGUCCUGAAACCAGACAGCUGUUUGUUGGAUUAGAUAAUGGAGUUUUUAUUGGAAAGCGAUUACAAUCGUAUGACAGCCAUUCGAGAAUACAUGGCUCAUCAAGCAAGAGUUGCUGCAGUAGUUUUUUCUUUGAGCUGUGAAUGGGUACUUAGUAUAGGUAGAGACAAAUUGUUCCAGUUCCACAGUACUGAAAAUGGAAAGGAUCACAUCAAAUAAUAUGUUCAAUAAUCCAAAAGGUAACGUCUACAAAAAGUUGCUGUACCACAUGCAUGGAACAUACACCUACAACAUGGUGUCUACUGGUGAAACAUGCAGCAUGCCAUUUUUCAACGAGCUCCUUUGUCGCAAUAGGAGUUGAAGACGAUUUAAGUUCCCUCAAGAAUGCCCUCAAUUUUCUCAAGGGAACAUUAAUUACAUUCAGACCAUCUAUUUGUUGUAGCAUUAUUUGAUAUGCGAUUAUCGUCCUCAAUCGUGCCCAGGACUCUACAUGUGCUUCCUCCAAUUGUAUUAAUUUCUUGCAUUAUCUUUUUUAAUACUAAUCUAUGGCUCAUCAUAUUGAUGUCAAUGUCAAUUAUACCUUCAUUCUCGUUGGAAAACCACAGAAUGAAAUUAUGACUUCUCAUAUUUUCCAAAUUGAGAUUGACAACACGAAAAGCUACUGAUUUUAAUUAUGAGACUAGAUGAACGAAAAGUUAUGAGAAUUUGGACAUUAAUGCAGGUUAUACUUGUUUCGCUUAAAACAUUAAAAGUUAUAAAAAAAAAGAAGAAGGCCUUGCGGAGAUGGUGGGUGAAGCCACAUAUCGUACCGAGAAUAAGGAAUAUUAUAGGAGCAUUUGCUACAGUAUGCCAAUAUUUACAAAUCAAUGAUCACGAAGAGUUUACAAAUCAAUUUAAGAUGACACCAGGCAAUUUUCAAGAGUUGUAUACGUUAAUUGCUGAUCAGUUGCAGAAGCAGUAUCAUAUUAGAGAGCCAAUUUCUGCAUAUAUUCGACUGGCUAUAACAAUACAUUAUUUCGUUCAAGGAGGAAAUGCUUUAACUUAUUGCGCGCACUACCGAAUUGGAAAAGCUACAUUUUUUAAAAUCAUACACGAAACGUGCUACGUUAUUACUUCAGUUCUGCUGCCAAUUUACGUGAAAUUUCCCAACGAACGGGAUUGGUUACGUAUUGCCCAGGAAUUUGAAGACAGAUGGAAUUUUCCGAAUUGUGUUGGAGCUCUAGACGGGAAGCACAUGCGAAUAAAAAGACCAGCUCAUGCUGGAAGUGUUUUUUAUAACUACAAAAAAUUUCAUAGUUUAGUUUUGAUAGCAAUCAGCGAUGCACAAAGUAGAUUUGUUUGGUUCACCCUUGGUGAUGGUGGUUCGUUCAGCGACUCCAGUGUCUUUCAAAAUACUAAUUUUUAUAACAAAAUUUUGAACAAUGAAUUGAACUUACCUGCUCCAACAAAGUUGCCUAACAGUGACAGAUCAUCACCUUUCGUAAUAGUCGCUGACGAGAUUUUUGGUUUGGGAUUUAACUUGAUGAAACCGUACAAUAGAAGAUUGCUGCAGUCAAAUCAAGAAAGAAUUUUUAAUUAUAGAUUGAGCCGAGCCAGAUUCACUAUAGAACGUGCAUUUGGAAUACUUUGUGCAAAAUUUCAGUUAUUGAAUAGUGCUUUAGCUCAUAAUUUAGAUAAGAAUAAAUUAAUUAUAAGCGCUUGUUUAGUGUUACAUAAUUUUUUAAUUACGAAAAAUGUAAUCAACGUUGAUGACGAUUUUAGACACUUAGAUAGGCAAAUUAAUCAGAAUGUUAUGCGAAACCCUAUUUUUAUUCGGCAAAACUUGGCAGAAUAUUUCAGCAAUGAGGGAGCUGUUCCCUGGCAAAAUAAUUAUAUUUAAAGAUAAAU